GUGUCUCGUCCAAUCAGAGAGCUCGUUCAGAAGCGCUUCAAGAGAACAUUAUUAUUAGGGCGGAGAGAUCGACGGAACCGGGAAUCAGACGAAGAAACGGAUCUAAAUCAGGUAAGAUUUACCGUCGACAGACCAUCUGCAGUUAUUGUAACGAUCGAUUAUUUUAUUGUGACUGUUUUGACCGAGAAGCCAACACAAUUCCUACAUCAUCCGAUACUGCUUUGCUAAAACAGUGACAGCUGUGGUCUUUCUGCAUGCAGCAAUAGGUCCAUCGCCGCUAGGACGAGCCUGCAUCGACUGAGACAUUGUGAUAGGCUGGCUAUASGAGAAGCAACCGGCUGCAUGCACCUCCGCCUCCCUCCUCCACCGUCAGCAGCGAGGACGGUACCGCUCAGUGCCUGUAUCACCCGUUAACGGGAUGACGCAGUGAACCAAGCCUCCUCACGCACCGAACGCUGGAUUCCGCAUGAGGACUGAAUGAGUAGAAAUAGAGGGAGACAAGAGGUGAUGCUGAUCUAGUGAUGAGAAGGGAAAGCCUAUUCAUUUUCCCGAUUGAUUUAUCAGGACCUUAACAGUUGACACGGGGUCUCUACCCGGGUUUCAACAACCAAUUAAUCUCCUCGCACGAGGGAGGACAUUUGUCAUUCCGAGGCGAUGGGAACCGCGCGUGGAUGCCGGACUGCGUUUUAAACGUGCACGUGUCUCUCUGUGAAAGCGCCGCUGUGAUGGAGCACGAAGAAAGUAGCGACGCUGAGGUUGCUGCCGAGCCCCUYCUGCACGGUAUUCACGCGCCCAAUCGGAUCAGGCCCUCGUCGUACCGGGCACUGCGGAGCGCCGUUUCCAGCCUGGCGCGCAUCGAUGACUUCGUAUGUGAGAAGAUCGG